AUGGCCACGCCUGCGACAAACGGCGAUGCCUCCGCCGCACUCGAUGACCUGAAGCAUCCCGAAGGAGUUGUUCUUCCUCCUCGCGAAAUCCGCAAUGUGCUGGAGAAGACGGCUGGCUACGUCGCGCGAAACGGUCUGGUUUUCGAAGACAGAAUUCGCGACAAGGAACGCUCUAACCCAAAGUUCAGCUUUCUGAACAGCACGGACGCCUACCACGCCUACUACCAAUGGCGACUCGAUGAAAUCAAGGCAGGCCGCGGCACAGCCAUCGCCGCGGGACGCGCCAACGAAGCCGCUCCCGCCGAACAGAAGCCUCAAGGCCCGCCGAAGCCCCCCGACUUUCAGUUCUCCGCUCGAAUGCCUCGAAUCAAUCAGAAGGAUCUUGAGGUCAUCCGCUUGGCCGCGCUUUUCGUUGCCAAGAAUGGCCGCCAGUUCAUGACACAGCUUGCUCAGCGCGAGGCUGGAAACCCGCAAUUCCAGUUCCUCAUCCCCAAUCACACGUUCCACAACUUCUUUCAACAUCAGGUCGAUCAGUAUACGGCGUUAUUGAGGGCCAGCGGACUUGGCGGCGAAGGAGGAAAGUUGGAGCAGGAGCGUAUUGCACAACUCGAGCACAACGUCAAGGACAAGUACCACGUGUUGAGCCGUGCGAAGCAACGCGCCGAGUACUCCAAGUUCCAGGAAUCAGAGAAGCAAAAGAAGGAGGAAGACGAUGAGAAGAAGCGAAUGGAUUUUGCCCGCAUCGACUGGAACGAUUUCGUGGUUGUGGAGACCAUUGUCUUCACUGACGCCGACGAGCACGCGAACCUGCCACCCCCGACGAACCUGAACGAUCUGCAAUAUGCGUCGCUUGAAGAGAGGAACAAGGCGUCCAUCAGCUCUAACCUCCGCAUCGAGGAAGCUUUCCCGGGUGAAGAAGACUCGUCGUACAACGCAUACGCCCAGACUUCUCACACUCUGCCUGUCCACACGGGAUAUGCGCCCCAGCAGCAGCAGUACCAGCCAGCAGCGCCUCAACCAUACGGUAAUGGUCCGCCACGGAGGACAGCAGAGGAAGAGGAAGAGGAGCGGAGGAUCCAAGAGAGAUCAGAGGCGCGUGCCCGCGAGCAACAGGCGCGAGCUGAGGCUCGUGGUGGUACUGCUCCGAUGAAGAUUAAGGAGAACUACGUACCGAGGGCCCUUCAGCGCGCCGCCAACAAACAGAGUGUCCAGACAGCGUUAUGUCCCAACUGCAAGCAGCAGAUUCCCAUGAAUGAGCUGGACGAGCACAUGCGAAUCGAGCUCCUAGACCCUCAAUGGAAGGACCAAAGAGCCAAGGCCGAGGCGCGUUAUGCCACCACCAACUUAUCCACCGCGGACGUCGCCAACAACCUGAAGCGAUUGGCAAGUCAACGAAGUGAUGUGUUCGAUGGCAUCACAGGCCAGCCUCUUUCGGAAGAAGAGGCUGCUCGUCGGAAAAAGGCGGCCAUCCAUAGUUUCGAUGGAAACCCUGACGGCAAGAGCCAGGCGCACAUUAACCAUCUGCACAGCCUAAACGUGGAAGAGCAGAUCCGUGCAAUCCACCAAAGAUUUGCCGACAAGAAGUAA